AUGGCGCACUAUCCGAAUGGCCAUUCGCCGUACUACGGCCAGUCCAACAAUUCUGCCGCCGCGCCGCAGCCGAGUCGUAUUUACACCUCCCAGUCCUCCCAACAGAACCCCCAUGGCCUUCGACGAAUGCCUAGCUAUAUGGUGGGGGAUGACGCUGCGCUCUUCGACAACUCCCAGGGACAGAAUAUGAUGGCUGCAGAUGGAAAUCCAAGAUAUACUGUAAGAGCGGGUGCAUACAAGGGCGGGGAGGGACAAGAGGAGUACAGUCUUGCUAACAGUGGCCGUGAUGAUGGCUUGUACGCGCAGGGAGCUUCUACAGACGUCUCUCGUGCCCGGGCAGCUUCCCAAAGCCAGGGACUUUACUAUGCGUCGUCCAUUGCGACAUCACCAACGCAGGCGGGGUAUAAUCCUCAGCAAUACGCCGUGCCGCCAACUCCGUCGCAACAAUUGGGAUACAACCCGCUGGCAUAUGGUGCAGGCUCGGCUGGAUCGGGACAUCAACCAUACAAGCCGGCUGCGUAUCAAUCUCCUACUGUUGGGGCAUACGGGUCGUUGAAUACACAACUCCAGACGAAUGCCGCGUCACAUUACGCACAGACUCCUGUGACGCCGCAUCCAUAUAGCCUACCUCAGCCUCAGGCACCUCCGCCCCCGCCCCCUCGAGGCCCGGACCAUCCCUAUGGAAGCCGCCCGGCCGUACCAUAUACGAACAACUCGACAGAUUCACAGUAUGCCUAUGCUUCGCAGCAAGCCGCUUCACCGACAGUGGCCUCGGCAUCGUUAGCGUAUAAUGUCGGUACUCCGUCGUCACCCAGCACUUAUGCUUCGGGAAGCGUUUUCACCCCCGGUUUGAGUUCGAGGACAUCCCUUUCUUACUCUCGUUCAUCACAGGUCUCCGCAUACGCUUCGCAGUCUCCUCGCCGCACCGAAGCUGCAAUGGCUUCUCCGUACGAUGAACAACCCCCCGAACCCCCAGCGCAUGAUGAAGGGUAUGUACCAAAAUGGCCCGGCCCCGCUCGCACUGGAUCGGGGCGGUCCCUGCCUACGCCGCCAAUAUCGCAGAAUCAACCUCAAUUGUCACCACGACGGACGGAUACACUGACUCGCCAUCCACAAUCACGACCUUUGCCUGGCCCACCGCCCGACGCGGAUGAACCUGCUCCGUUGGCCGGUGUGAAUGGAGUUGGAAGCUUGCGUCGAAGACCCGAGGAAGACGUUGGAUACGAUGACCUGAUGCAUGAGGUUGAGGAGAUGGCAACGGCACGGCGCCACAGCUCGAGGUCUCAUGGUCAAGAAACGGAUCAAUACGGCCGCCCGAUAGCAAAUGCGAGUUUGUCUCCAGAUGAGAGGCACACACAUACAAACGGCAGUAUGGAGACGGGAACCGGUCAUGUUGUGAACUAUGGUGCAUACAGCGACGAUAGCGACGCGGAAGCCGAGGCCGGACUGGCCAUGCUGCAAAUGGCAGAUGAGGAGGAAAAAGCGCACCGGUUCACUCGACGGGACACAAACGCUUCCAUAUUUGAUGCCUACGCAUCUCCCCCAUCGCCGGAACAGGAAUUUUCUCGCAAUGGGGAUUAUUUAUCUCGCGACCAGGGGGUGUACGGAAGCUAUGAAGGGCAUCGAUAUGGGGAUGAGGCUGACUACAGUCAUGAUGACUACGGCGAUGAUGGCCGGCUUGCUGUCACGCCUGGCUCUGAUGACCGUGGGAACUACUCCGAUGACUAUGACUAUCCUAAUUACGGCCGCGGAUCUGGACAGUUCCACCAGGGACAUUCCCAUGCCCGGGUGGACCAUGGUGGGACCGGAGGGUUAGCACCCCCCAGUGCUUAUGGCCGCCGCAUGAGUUUCGACUACGGUGAUGAGGAGCAUCCCGAUCACCAUUCAACGAGUGAAGGGUCAGAAGGGGGAAUGCCGGAGGAUCUCUUUUUCCAUCCGGGGAUGCGACCGCUGCCUCCUGCGCCCGUGGAACCAGUGAACAAUGCCAGCGUCAUUCCACAUCUUAUGCCGGCUGGGACGUACCGGCAUCAGGAUCAGGGUGACUUGCAAAUUCAAGCACAGUAUACACAGCCUUACUUCCCCGCUUCUCCAAACUCGUUUGGACAGACCGUGCCCAGCCCAACUCAAGUUCCACGGUCGACGUCCUUGUCGAGUCAUCCUAUUGGACCUCGUACUGACCCCCCUAUCAGAUCCAAGACCGACGCAGACCGAGCCAAGUACAGGCUGCAGCAAGAGCUGCUCCGCCAGCAAAGCAAUGGGAACCUCAAGUUUGAUCCAUCGGAGGCUGAUCCCAUAGCGCUCGACCUUCCCACGAUUCCAGGACGUCGCAAGAAGUUCAACUUGACCAAGCUAUCGUCGGAACAGUUCAAGAGAUGUACGGAGCCGUGGGCUCUUAGUGCGGUUCUUGCUUGGAUUCGGGAACUGAGUGAAGACGAGACGGAUCUCCGCGAGCAGGCUAUCGUCGAUGCCAUUGUUGCACUUUUUACUCACAAAGUACCAACUAUGAACAUUGCGGAUGCCGAAACACUUGCAGCCCGUGUAGUGAAGAACAUGUUGGAAGAGGAGGCUUUGGUUCAGGAUGAGGAAUGGGUCAAGUUUGGCAGCGGGAGCCUGUCGGGCGUGCUCUUCCAGAUUACAGGCACGGGAUGUUACUCGUCCAAGUUGCACGAGCAGGAGAGCGAGGUCUUUGGACGCUGCUAUUCGCACCACUGCAUGAGGACGCUUAAGAAGGUCAACCUGAAGACGCAGAUGAUGGAGCCGCAGAAGAAGGCAGAGGAUUGGGUGACUUUCUACAAGGUGUCGAAAGAAGUUUUUGAAACGCACCCGAAGAAGGAAAUCGACCGCCAGAAUAACUUGCAUGAGAUUGUGACGACAGAGGAUGCGUUCAUUGGACAACUUGAUGUUCUUCGCGAGCUGUAUCGGGAUCAGUUGGCGAACAUGUCGCCAUCGGUGAUCAACCCCAAGCGCUUGCCUAAAUUUCUUAACGACGUUUUUGGGAGGGUUGAUGCGGUUAAAAAGGUUAACGAGGACUUUCUUCUUGCGCAACUCAAAUACCGCCAAAAGGAGCAAGGGCCGUUUAUCGUCGGAUUCAGUGAUAUCUUUAGAGAAUGGAUUCGGAAGGCUAAAGUGGCUUAUGUUGAAUAUGCCGCGACCUUUCCUCGUGCUAAUUAUCUAGUCCGCAAAGAAGCCGAGCGAAACGCUCACUUCCGGACUUUCUUGAACCAUGUCCGGGAACACAAGUCUUCGCACCGUCUCAGCUGGGAUACGUAUCUCAAAGCCCCUAUUACUCGAAUUCAGCGGUAUACCCUUCUUUUGUCUACAGUACAUAAGAACAUGCUCAAGGAUUCUGAAGAAAAGUCCAACUUGUUGCAAGCAAUUGACGAAAUCAAGCAUGUUGCAUUGGAGUGUGACAACAAGGUCGGCGAAACGAGCAAGAAGGUCGACCUGAUGGAGCUGUCCUCUAAGUUGCAGUUGAGACCGGAAAUGAAAGAGGAGGUGGAGCUGAAUCUCGAGCACUUGGGUCGCGAGAUUAUCUUCCGAGGCGAUUUGCAACGACCGGGUACACGGACACGAUUCCUUGUCGAUACGCAUGCGAUCUUGCUAGACCACUAUCUCAUUCUGGCCAAGACUGUUGUUGUUAGAGACCAGUCAAAGACCGCCAAGUAUGAGAACUAUGAUGUAUCUAAACUGCCGAUUCCGAUGGAUCUUUUGGUGCUUGAAAGUACCAAUGACGACCCUGUUGUCAAAUCUUCGGUUAGGGGUGUUGCAACGGUCACACCGCCGCAGGCCGUCGGGCGUGGUGGAAUGCCUGGUCCUCUGACACAUACCAACAGCGGCAAUUCGGCGAACUCUGGAAACUCUGGUAUUUCCUCCACCAAGACGCUUGUUCCGACUACUGUUCUUGAGAGCCCGAAGGAUGACAAGAUCUUGUAUCCGUUUAAGAUCAAGCAUCUUGGAGAACAGGGCACGUAUACCCUGUAUGCGUUCUCAGCGCAGAGCCGACAGGACUGGUGUGAUAAGAUCAUUGAAGCGAAGACGAAGCAUGCUGCAUCUUUAUUUGCGCAGAAUGCAGAGCCAUUCAGACUGCGUGUGCUUGCCGAUGCUGCGUUUGGGUACUCGGAUCACUCGUCGGGAUCCACGAGUGUGACCAUCAAGGGGACGCCUCUGGACCGGGCAAUCAAAGAGGUGGACGAGCGUUAUGCAAGCGCGGGGCCUCGGCCGAUGCCUAUUUGCAGAACUGCCGUGCACUCGUCUACGGUUUUCCAGCAGCCUCCAGGUCGGAUGAUGUGUGCUAUUGGUACCGAUUACGGGGUGUAUAUUUCAGAAUACAACAACCCUCGUGGUUGGUUCAGAGCUAUACCCAUCAUGCGAGUAACACAAGUUGCGGUGUUUGAGGAGUUCAACCUCUUCCUUCUCAUUGCAGACAAGUCGUUGAUUGCGUAUCACCUGGAUGCUGUGUGCCCGGCCAAUGGUGCGCCUACGCCGAGUGCGUCAGAUUCUUCUCGGAAAGCACCACAGAAACUGUCAGGAGGACGAGAAGUAGGAUUCUUUGCUGCAGGACGCAUGAAGGAUCGUACAUUGGUGAUGUAUAAGAAGCGGGAUGGACUGUCGUCUACUUUCAAGGUUCUUGAGCCCGUUCUGCAAAAGUCAUCUACCAGUCGAAGCCGAUUCUUCCAUUCUCGACGUUCGCAGACGGAAUUCUUCCGUGAAUAUGACGAGUUUUAUAUUCCUGCUGAGAGUUACAGCAUUAACAUGUUCCACUCGUCGCUGGCGAUUGCGACUCAUCGAGGCAUUGAGAUUCUCACCAUCGACAAGAAGCAGACAUGGUCUGUGCCUGAUUUACGGACUGAGACGCCGGAAGCGCAGAAGUACCUGACUAGCAUAGCGCAGCGGAUCAAGGAGUUACGACCAUUGGGUCUGUUCCGUCUCAGUGAUAGCGAGUUCCUAGUGGCGUACAACGAAUGUGCGGUAUAUGUGAACAAGCACGGAGAUGUAUCUCGCAGUGUGGUCAUGGAGUUUGUGGGACGAGCCCACUCGGCGUGUCUGUACGGCAAGUUUUUGAUAUUGUUCAACCAAGACUUUGUGGAGGUGCGGAAUGCGAUGAACGGCCGACUCCGGCAGGUGAUUCCCGGACACAACGUUGUCUGCCUGGACGAUGGCAGCAAGAUGCCCGGCUCUGGCGCGAACAGUGUACCGACCAACACCGCGGGAGGAGUCAACCUUUCGAGCGGACUGAUUGGCAGCACGAACGGAGUGUCGAUGGCGAGUUCCGGACGCACCGUCAAGAUCUGCAUGCAGCAUCCUGAGUUUGAGCGGAGUCUGAUCGUUCUCGAACUGAUUGAGAACGAGGGACAGAAGGAUUAA